AACAUUGAAGCCGUCAAUGAAGCCUACAACAACGUGCUGAUAGAAGAGGAAGAUUAUGACACUCUCUGUGAUUCGAUAGACAGCUCUGACCGUUAUGAUUCCAUCGCCCUUGCUAAGAGGCUAGAGCAGCACGAACUACUCGAGUUCAGAAGACUGGCAGCACAUCUCUAUAAGAAAAACAAGCAAUGGGAUAUAUCGAUUACAUCAUCGAAGCAGGACAAACUUUUCAAAGACGCCAUUAUCACCGCAGCUGUGUCGGGCUCAACCGAGGUCGCCGAGGAUCUAUUGUCGAUAUCGGGAACAAGGUGUGCUUUGCCGCUAUGCUUUACGUCUGCUUCAAUUUGUUACCUCUUGACGUCGUUAUGGACCUAUCUUGGCAACAUGGCCUCAACGACUUCUAUAUGCCCUAUAAGAUUCAAUCCGAACGUACUCUAAACGAGAAGAUCACUCAGCUCAAAAGAGAGGUCAAGGAGCGGACCAAGAAGGAAACCCAGAAGGAACAAGCGGAAGUUGAGAUGCCGAUAAUU